AUGAACGAUAAUCAAGUCAAGGCUUCUCCGCCGAAAAUUACUUCAAAAUUUCAUUCCGCUGAUCUCUUUGGAACACCUACAAAACACAAUACCAAUAUUCCUGUGUCUACUGGUAAUGCUUCCGCCCCCACCAAUGGGAACAACAAUGAUAUUUUCGGUGCAAAUGAUGUUCUCAAAAUCAAUCAGCAACAUGGAAAUUUUAUUAGCACUAUGGAUAACAGUUCUCCCCGUUUAAAAAAAAAAAAAAGCCGUUCUGGUGCCACUUCCACUGAAAAUGCUUCUCCUCAUAUGAGGCGUGAGAGUAGUAGUAGUGUUAAGAAUAAUAAUGGCAAUGCUAAUGACAACAAUACGUUUCCUACGCCUCAUAAUAUUAUGUUUACUCCUACUAACUCUUCUUCUUCCUCUACAAGAGUUAUUGAAUCUUUACAUCAACAAGUUGAUACAUUAACGUCUACUAAUCUUCAGUUAACAUUGCAAUCCAAUAAUUUGUUGAACAGGUUAGAAGCAGCUACUCUAAAAGAUGCAAAACAGACUGAAACAGUUAAUUUGCUAAAACAUGAAAAUGAAAAUUUGAAUUCCGUAUUGAAUAGGAAAACUAGGAGAAACAAAGAGUUAGAACAAGAUUUGAAGGAGCUAAAAUUAAAAUAUAAAGAAAUUUCUGAGGAAAAUAAAACUUUAUCUAAUGAAAUGAAGGAUAAAAGUGGGAACGAAUCGAAAUUGGUUAACGAAUUAGAAAUGAUUAAAGUACAAUAUGAUGCUUUAGUAGAUGCCCAAUCUGGCUAUAAGAAACACUAUGAGAAUGAAAUUAGCAAGUUAAAAACGACAUUGGUGGAUUUAACCAAAAAUCAAGAAAAAGUUUUACUAGAAAACUUGAAUAAGAUUGUUAAAUUGGACGAUAGUUUACAGAAGAAUUACAGAAAAUAUGAAUCUAAUUAUUCCGUUUUUCGAGAUGAAGUUGGUUUGCAGCUCAAUGAAUUGAGUAACCAAUUAAGUAUUUUAAGUGAUAAAGCUGACAAAGGUGAUGAUUUGGAAAUAGUGUAUCAAGAAUCUGUUGAUAUGACUUUGAAAUUCGCCAAAGAAAUGAGUGUUAUCUUGGACAAAAAGUUCAGAAAUCAACAUGAUCCUAAUAAUGACGGUGAUUUUCAACGAGAAUUGGUUAAUUUAUCUGAAAAAUUGUAUUCCAAAAAGAGAGCACUGGAUGCCCAGAAAGAAAAAUUAUACGAGGUAAGACAGAAGCACAUUUCACAGUUGCAACAACUGCAAAGUUUGCAACAACAGCAACGUCAACAGCAAAAACAACCACGUCAUUCUCAUCAUCAAGCACAACCACAAAGUGUAUCUGCAUCCACUGUAGCCGACGACAAUACGAACAACAGUAAUGACAAGGGACCAUUAAGAAUUAACAAAUUGAGGAAUUUUUCUACCCCUAAAUCACCCACUGUAAAAGCUCAUCCUUCAUUUACAUCUACUUUAGCGGCUCCAACGACAUCGUCUUCUAAUUUUUCAUCAUCACCCUUUUACACAAAUGAUAGCAAUAAUAUUAGCAAUUCAAUACCCUCUAAUCUCAUUUCAAACACAUUAUCGACGCCCGCUCUGGCCUCACCAACCACUUUUAAUAAUAGCAGCAACAAUAACGCUAUCAAUAACACUGCGGCUCAAUCGAAUGUGGGGAAACGAAGUAGUUUUUACGGUGCAUCUGGUGUAUAUAAUAUUGAUCCUAAUAAUGAAAGUGCGCAACAUUUAAGGGCAUUAUCAUCAAGCAUAAAUGGCGGAAGCCCUAGUCAUCCAAACUUUGCGGUUAAUAAUAGCAUUAGAAUACCACCGCCAUCAUCAUCAUCAUCGGAGAGUGUUAGUACCGAGGGUAUGUUACCUGGUUUCAAGAGAAGUGGUUCCAUAAGAAAACUGAGUGCAAAUUUAAACACUACUGUUUCUCCCCCUUCGAAAUCACCGCCACCAAGUAAAGCAUUUACUAAUGGUAGUGGAAGCGUCAACAGUGGCACCAGUAAUAGUAGAAGAAGUAGUCGUCAUUUUAGCAAUAGCAGUGCUGCCAAUGGGUUUGAAUUUAGCUUUCCAAAUAAUAAUGAUAAUGGCACUAAUAUCAACAGUAACAAUACAAAUAGUGCUAGCACAUUAAUUAAUAAUUACAAUAACACCGCACACAGAAGGGUAGCAUCAAAUACUGGGUUGAAAAGAAGCACAUCUAUCAAGAGGAAUAGCUUAAGAUUUGAGUAA